AUGGACAACAGAAACACCCAGAUGUACGUGGAGUGUAGGAUCAAGGCUCCAGAGGCCCAGCCAAGUCCUGGCCUGAGGACUGCCAGCAACAGGGCUGGUGUUGAGCCCACCAUAUCAGAAGUCAGACAGGUUGUGUUUCCAGAUGCUGAAGGGAUAGACAGUGGGAAGCAGCCCUCACCAGCACCAGGAGGGCCAGAGGACGGGCCCAGACACAGAGAGGCAUCAGAGGAGGGGUCUCCGGAGCUCAGCACCCAGGAGCAGAUGCCUCCGGCGGGGCCAAGGAUGAAGCAGUCAUCUUUGGCCCCCCAGGAAGGGCCCGGGGAGCUGCAAGCAGGCCAGGAUCAGGCCACGCCAGGAAGUGAGCUGGAGGUGCUGCCCUCCAGGGUCCCUGCAGCACAGGAAAGGCUGCAGCAGCAGAGCUCAUGGAAGGAGACCGAGGACCAAGAGGGGAGCCAGCAGAACCUAGGGACCGUGGAGGGUCAGUUCCCCAAGAGCCGCCAGGACCCAGAGUGUCAGCCCCUCCCAGGUCACCUGGCCGCCAAUGAGUCAGACAUAGUGCAGCCAACAGAGCCUUGUUGCGCCUUGGACAGUCGUGGACAGCAACUGGGGGACAAGCCCCCCAAGGAAGUGGACACCCCACCCAUCAGGCCACAGGGGGCUCUGCCAGAGCCUGGCUCAGGGGGACAUGAGGACAGUUCCCAGGAAGCAAUGUCCCUAAUGCCCACGGCAACUCUGGAGGAAAAGACGGCCCACUCUUCCCCACCAUCUAUGCCAAGACCUAACACACCCAAAGAAAGGGACAAGGCUGUGGAGAUCCAGGCAGCACUGGGGCCUGUUCCUCCACCUGAGGCGAGGGACAUUGGAGAGAGGAGGGAGAUGGACCAUACUCAGAAGCAGCCUCAGGAGCCUGCGGGGGCCACGGGGGCCCAGAACCUUGGCAACCCCCAGCCGGGCUUCAUGAAGUGCUUGUUGGAGGUGGAAGAGGAGGAGGCCACACGUUGGAGGGUCACCAAGGCCCGCGCGCUGCCAAACCGGAAGUCCCCCAGGACCCUGGCCCCCGUGCUCGUCUCUGCCCCGGUUGGCAACGCAGCCCCAAUCCUGCCUCUGACCCUGCCUCAGACCCCUGCCUCGGCUCCUGCCAUGGCCCCAUGCUGGGCCCGACCGCCAGCCCCUGGGCCACUUCCUGCCCCCAUGGGAGCCCCAGCUUCAGUGCCCGUCACGGUCCUGCCGGUCCCUGCAUCAGACCUGGGCUGGAGAAGGACAGAACUUUUGCACCACAGCGGGGAGAGGAGCCUGAAUUACCCCAAGGCACGGCAGGAGCUGGAAGAACACUGCCUCCUGAAGGUGCGUCAGACCUGGGAGGAGAGGUCGGAAGAGCACCUCACACUGAAGCAAGAGAAAGCCUUCCGCAGCUACUUUGAGAUCUUCAGUGGUCAUGGCGAGGUGGAUGCACAGAGCCUGGAGAACAUCCUGCUCCUCGUGGGCAUCUCCCUGACGCCGGCCCAGGUGGAGGAUGCCCUGAGCAGUGCUGACAUCGAUGGAGACGGCCACGUGAACUUCAAAGACUUCUUGGCUGUGAUGACAGACACCAAGCGCUUCUUCUGCUCUGUGGAAGAGAAGGCCCUGACGGACACGGCUCCCCCAAACCCCCGCACUCUGCUCUUUGAGAUCCUGUCCCUGCUGGUGGAGAUGCUGGCCUUACCUGAGGCAGCCUUAGAGGAGAUCACCAGCUAUUACCAGAAGAAGCUGAAGGAAGGCACCUGUAAGGCCCAAGAGAUGGAACCGGCCAUUGGCCGGCUGCGGUCCCGGAAGAAGCUUCCCUACAACCCGCAGCAGGCAGACACCUUGGAAGUCCCAGAACGAAGAGCCCUCAGGAUCCUGAGCCAGCUGAAGCAGCAGAACUAUGCUGCCAACCUGCAAAGCCCCUAUGCCCAGGUGCCUUGCAUCCCGCUCUGCCCGCGGCUGGACAAGAAUACGGUCCACCGGAAGCAAGGCAGCCACUAUGUGCUGGAGCUGUGUACCCCCACCAGCCUGGGCCCUGACACCUGUAGCCUCUUCUUCCAGACUGGAUCUCAAAGAAGCAGGGAACCCAGCUCUGACAGCCGAAAGUGGCUCAGUUCUGUGCCGGCUCGAACCCACUGACCCUGCGGAAUCCUGACUCUGGGCAGCUGUUCAGGGCCUGCAGACGGACGGGUCAUCAGGCAGGGACUGCUGCUGGAUUUUGCUUGUGUGGCCUGGUAAGCCAAUAAACAACAAGAACCUCAGCCCCUGUGCCUGGUGCCAGGGAAGGCCCCAGGCUUUCUCCCUUCCACUCGGCUCUCAGAGCGGAGGGCCUCAGCCUCCCUCAGGCUUCAGCGCCUCUGAAGCAAGACUCGCCUCAAAACCCUGCCGAGGGUCAGGAGUCCUGCUAGAGGUGGCCCUGGGUUCAAAGUCUUGACCUCCUGUGCACUCUCAAAGCACAGAACUGGGACUGUCCUCAGAUGGGUGUCUCCACGCCUUGGACUAGGAGCCCCAUAAGGGCAGGAAUUCUCUUUCCCACUUGCUUGAAGGGAAUGGUGAACAUAAGGGAAGUACCUGGGAAAGACCCUGGCCCCUAAAACAGACAGACCCUGUGGAAGGGCGGGAGGGGCCUCAGCCAUACUCUCACCAACAGAGUGCCAGGACCCCGGGGUGCCCUUCCCUUGGAGCCUAAGCAUGUGGGUCUGUGGCCCCAAUCCAUACACCACCCCAGUCCUAUUACUCAAAGAGAGAGCCCCUCCCUAGGACUGAGCAGAGAUAGCUUCCCAGUGGUUAAACAAGCAGCCAGAGCAAGAGGUUAGGAGGCCAGAAACUGAAAUGAGGACAAGGUUCUGACAAGUUUAAAACAUGUAUUUAAAAUACAAUUUAUAAAAUGCUUAAUCUGCCGACUCAGGAGCCCGCGGUGCGGGGUGGGGUAGGGUGGGCAGCUACCCGCUAGACCAGCAGAGCAGGACUGCAGGGGUGCGGCCCUCCCUCCCAUGCCCUUCUGUUCAGAUACCCAAGGGGCCCAUAUGCACCCCUGGGAUCACAUGGCCGAAAACAGGACCCCAGAGGUUUCCAGAGUCUCUGCCUACCAGGGAGGCUGGGGCAGCCCUGCCGGCCCAUCCCUGAGCAGAGCAUCCCCAGAUGGGGCAGAGCAGGGUAUGGCUGGGCUAGACAGGGCGGGGUGAGGCAGUGGGCUCUGGAAGGGGCUGAUGGUAGCAGAUAGGGUGUUGCCUCCUGCCUGCAGGUGGGGAGCACCCUGAUUGAGUGGGCGGAGAAGGGUUGGUCACCAGGCCCAGACCCCCAGCUCCUUUGGUUAUAGGCUGACAUCAGAGUAGUGGCUCAUGGGAAGCGGUUAGCUGGAAGGUCUGAGGCCUGGCUCACAGAGUCAGGGAGGAGCUGGGGGAAGGGGACAGUACCAUGAAGGCAGAUAAAGGGGCAGCAGCCUCAGGUUUCUGCCCCCCACUCCCCUGGGGUUUUCCAAGCCAAAGCCUGCAGCUUACUUUUAAAAACUUUAAAAAAAAAAAAAAAAAA